CCUUUGAUGCUGUGGGAGGCUACGGGGCCCUGAUGGAGAAGUACAUGAACGCCACGCCCAGCAUGCUGGGGAACAUGUCAGACGCGUGUGCCGCUCCGCGCGCCGAUGCUCUGCACAUGCUGCGGGAUGCCGAGGUCGGGGAUCUGCCGUGGCCAGCUCUCAUGGUGGGAUUGACCAUCGUGGCCACCUGGUAUUGGUGCAGUGACCAGGUCAUCGUUCAGCGCUGUCUGGCCGCUCGCUCCCUCACGCAUGUCAAGCUGGGAUGCGUUCUGUGCGGUUACCUGAAGAUCCUCCCCAUGUUCCUGAUGGUAAUGCCGGGAAUGAUUAGCCGUGUCCUGUACCCCGAUGAAGUCGCUUGUGUGGUCCCCGAAGAAUGUCAGCGGAUCUGCAGCUCACCGAUUGGAUGUUCCAACAUUGCCUAUCCCAAGCUGGUGGUAGCUCUGAUGCCGAGAG